AUGUCUCCUGUAGGUGCAGGACUGUGGCGCUCGCUGCCCGCCCAUCAAGUCUACGGCGCCAACACCAACGUCGGCAAGACCAUCGUUUCCACGGUGCUGUGCAAUGCUAUUCAACGACAGAACAAACGAGCGGCAUUUUUGAAGCCCGUGUCGGCCGGCGCACUGGAUGAUGCGGAUGACCGGCAUCUGGCACGCUAUGGGGCGGGAACGCUGACCAAAUGCCUGCACCAAUUCGAUGAGCCAGUCAGCCCGCAUCUGGCGGCCAAGCAAAAGACUGCUCCGCGGGAUGACGAUUUGCUCGCGGCCAUCCACAAUACGCUGUCUGACUGGGCGCGGUCGAACAUCGACCUCGCCCUCGUCGAGACGGCUGGGGGCGUGCACUCGCCCGGGCCCAAUGGCAACUCCCAAGCGGACCUCUAUCGCCCACUCCGGCUGCCCAUCGUUCUCGUGGCGGACUCACGCCUGGGAGGCAUCUCGGCCUCCAUCUCGGCGUAUGAGUCACUGCUGCUCCGGGGAUACGACGUGAAUUCCGUGCUCUUGUUUCGCGAUGACUACUACCAGAACCACGAAUAUCUGGCCAAUUUCUUCCGCCAGAAAAGCAUUCCGCUGGUGUCUCUGACCGCGCCACCCCCAAAGCCCCCGCAGGAAGAUGUGGCCUCGCACGCCAGGGAUGAAGAAGCCAUGUCUACCUAUUACCGGCAGGUCUCCGCGGAGUCAGAGAUUCUACGCCUCCUCGAAGACAUGAACACGAAGAAUCAGGCCCGUCUCACCCGACUGGAGGAGAUGGCCGACCGGGCCCAGGAUUUGAUUUGGUAUCCAUUCACGCAGCACCAGGGCAUGAAACCCAAGGAUAUCACGGUCAUUGACUCGGCGCACGAUGAUUAUUUCCAAACAUUUGACGCCGGGCAGACAGAACAACAAGGUGGCGCACUUCGGCCAACAUUCGACGGCUCGGCAUCGUGGUGGACCCAGGGGCUGGGCCAUGGAAACCCGGAGCUUGCCCUCUCUGCGGCAUACGCCGCCGGUCGCUAUGGCCAUGUCAUGUUCGCUGGCGCGGUUCACGAGCCGGCCCUCUCGCUGGCCGAUAGCUUGCUCAAGACAAUUGGGAACCCUCGAUUCACCAAAGUGUUUUACACCGACAACGGCAGCACAGGAAUGGAGGUCGCAGUCAAGAUGGGUCUCCGCGCAGCGUGUGACCGAUAUGGGUGGGAUGCCAGCCAGGAGCAGAUCAGCAUCCUGGGGCUCAAGGGCAGCUAUCAUGGGGAUACCAUUGGCGUGAUGGACUGCUCAGAGCCUUCGACCUUCAACAAAAAGGUGGAAUGGUAUCGGGGUCGAGGCCAUUGGUUCGACUUCCCCUUGGUCAAGAUGGUCGACGGAUCGUGGGUGAUCGAGAUCCCCGGGGAGCUUCAGGCGGAUUUGGGCACAGAGAAGGCCACUUUCGAGUCUUUGGGCUCCGUUUUCGAUCUUGAUGCCCGACUGGCAACCGAGACGAGCCAAAAGUAUAAGAACUACAUUCACCGCACCAUCCAGGAUCUGGUGGAUCGCCAUGACAUGAAAUUUGGUGCGUUGAUUUUGGAGCCGGUCAUUCUCGGCGCAGGUGGAAUGUUGUUCUGCGACCCCCUCUUCCAGCGUUGCUUGACCGAUGUCGUCCGCGAGCACCCAGAACUGUUCUCUCCCAAUGCGUCCGCGCCGAAAUCAGCUCCAUCCUGGUCGGGCUUGCCGGUCAUUUUCGACGAGGUUUUCACUGGUUUGUACCGCCUGGGCCGUCCAUCGUCCGCUUCUUUUCUCGAUGUACACCCUGAUAUCGCCGUGAACGCGAAGCUCUUGACUGGUGGUCUGAUUCCGCUCUGCACGACCGUGGCAAGUCAAGAAAUCUUUGAAACAUUUUCGAGCCCGGAGAAGAGUGACGCUCUUCUUCACGGACACAGCUACACCGCCCAUGCGGUGGGAUGCACGGUGGCCGUGGACUCCCUGCGGGCGAUGUCCGACAUGGAUGCGAAUGGAUCAUGGGACGGAUUCAAGGCCGAUUGGCGAUCUCACUCAGUCAAGGCCGCGAAGCCAGCCUCGCCCGAGGUCUGGAGUGUCUGGUCGCAGGAUCUCCUCCGAGACCUUUCUUGUGCAGAGACUGUGGAGAGUGUCUUUGGAAUUGGCACUGUGCUCAGCAUUUCGCUGCGUGAUGCCGAAGGUGGAGGCUAUACAUCAACGGCUGCUAAGGGAUUACAACAAAAACUGGCUGCUGGCGGUGACCAGUUCAAUGUGCAUUCGCGAGUCCUGGGCAAUGUGCUGUACCUGAUGUCCAGUGUCACAUCAAAGCCCGAGUCUCUGCAAGAAAUGGAGAGACUUCUCCGGUCUUCACUGGUUUAA